CUCCCCUAGGGCCGGAAGUGUGUCUGUGUAGACCGGCUGGUUGGAGGCGGGACAGGAAAUGUUCCUGAGCCGGGGGGGUUUCGGGGAAGCUUUUGCGCUCGGACACUUCCUGUUUCCUAGUAACAAUAGGAAGUGUUCGCGGAGUUUGGGGGUAGACUCUCAGCUCGCGUCAGCUGCGCUUUCUUUCCCCUAUCCCCUUCUUCCUCACGCCCUUUCUCUCUCUCUUUCCCUCCCGUCCCACCUGCCGGGGAGCCCUAGCUGAGCGUGCGUGCUUGGGAGCGCGAGAGACCACCCACCGCCAACCCUUAGGGCUCGCGGCUGCAGUUAGGGUGAGGGUCCCAGUGCGCAGGCGCUCUCCCGUUCGCGGUCCUACUACCCGCCGCCCGCAGUCCUCAACGGACGCGCCUGCGGCGGGAACGAGAAAGGGCCGUCCGUGUGAGGUAGGGGUCCUGAGAGUAAAUUGGCAGUGGAGAUGAGUGAGGGGAGAGAGGACACUUGAGCGAAGGGGCUUUGUGGGGUGAGACUUCGGGGAGCAAGUUCACUGAGGGCCUUUAGAGUCGGAGACAGGAGUGGUAUUGGGGUCUCGAGGGAGUGAAGAGUCAGAUAUGGAGGAGGAUAAGGUGAGGUAGGAGGCGGGAGGAGCUGCUGUGGAGAUGUGGAGAGAGCAGAGGCUUUGGAACGAAGACUGCCUGAGUCAGAGGUAUUGGCCCCUCCAUCAGAGGAACAUGCUGCUGUGACCUGCCUUCUCUUCCUGAACCUCCAGGUUUCUACUGUACUGCCCCAUGGAGGACCUGCCUGCCUCACUCAGCUGCUCUGACUGUCAGCGCCAUUUUCCUAGCCUCCCAGAACUGGCACGGCACCGAGAACUGCUCCAUCCAUCUCCCAACCGGGAUAGCGAAGAGGCUGACUGCAUACCCCGGCCCUACCGUUGUCAGCAGUGUGGGCGGGGCUACCGUCACCCAGGGAGCCUGGUCAACCACCGCCGGACCCACGAGACUGGACUUUUCUCCUGUACCACCUGUAGCAAGGACUUCACUAACCCCAUGGCACUCAAGAGCCAUAUGAGGACUCAUGCUCCUGAGGGCCGCCGCAGGCGCAGGCCCCCUCGCCCCAAGGAAACCAUCCCAGACCUCCAGGGUGAGAUGGUGUCCACUGACUCCUGGGGCCAGGGGCUUAACCCUGGGGAAGGCUGGGAAAAUAAGACAAGACAUACCCAAGAGACAUCUGUCUAUGAGCCUGCACCUGACCCCAGGGCAGCUCCGGGCACUUGGGUAGAUCCAUCUGCCAGACCAAGGGAAGGAGGGGAAAGCCAGCCAGAUCCUGAGGUGGGUGCAGAGGGCUGGGGGGCCACCACCAAUUCUGUCAGAGCUCCACCUCUCCCCACCCCAGCCAGCAGCCUCCUUAGCAAUUUGGAACAGUAUUUGGCUGAAUCAGUUGUGAACUUCACAGGGGGCCAGGAGCCCACCCAGUCCCCUCCUGCUGAGGAGGAACGGCGGUACAAGUGCAGCCAAUGUGGUAAAACCUACAAGCACGCUGGGAGCCUCACCAACCACCGUCAGAGCCACACCCUGGGCAUCUAUCCUUGUGCCAUCUGCUUCAAGGAAUUCUCUAAUCUCAUGGCUCUGAAGAACCACUCCCGGCUCCAUGCCCAGUAUCGGCCUUACCAUUGUCCCCACUGUCCCCGCGCCUUCCGGCUCCCACGGGAGUUGCUGGAACAUCAACAGACCCAUGAGGGUGAAAGGCAGGAGCGGCUGUGGGAAGCAAAGGGGAUGCCUACCACCAACGGGCACACAGAUGAGAGCAGCCGGGACCAGCUCCCUCAUACACAGAUGGUGAACGGCUCAGGGGAGCUCAGCACCUCAGGGGAGUUAGAAGACAGUGGCCUGGAGGAGUACCGGCCUUUCCGCUGUGGGGACUGUGGCCGCACUUACCGCCAUGCUGGGAGCCUCAUCAACCAUCGCAAGAGCCACCAGACAGGUGUCUACCCUUGCUCCAUCUGCUCCAAGCAGUUGUUCAAUGCCGCUGCCCUCAAAAACCAUGUGCGGGCUCAUCACAGACCCCAGCAAGGGGCGGGGGAGGAUGGGCAGCCAUCAGUGCCACCAGCUGAGACCACCCCCAGAAAGGAAGAGGUUGUCAUCACCACCCUGGACCAUCGCCCCUACAAGUGCAAUGAGUGUGGUCGGGCUUACCGCCACCGGGGGAGUCUGGUGAACCAUCGGCACAGCCAUCGGACAGGAGAGUACCAGUGCUCACUCUGUCCCCGCAAGUACCCCAACCUCAUGGCCUUGCGCAACCAUGUGCGAGUGCACUGCAAGGCUGCACGCCGCAGUGCUGGCCGAGGUGCAGAGGUUCCCCCCAGCCACCUCAACGUGAAGCUUCCAUCUGACCCGGUGAGAGCAGAGGCAGCCCCACAGACAGAUCAGGGGCAUGGAUGUAAACCUGAAGAGGAGGGCACCAUCAUCCCCCCAGCGGCAGAUGGGGCAGCACCACAGAUCUGUAGUGUCUGUGGGAUGCUCUUUGAGGACCUUGAGAGCUUGGAACAUCAUGGCCGGACCCAUGAGGCCAGGGAAGGGGGAAAGAGUGGGGCGGAGACCAGGAUGUCACCUCCUCGGGCAUUUGCCUGCCGAGACUGUGGAAAGAGUUACCGCCACUCAGGUAGCCUUAUCAACCACAGGCAGACCCACCAGACGGGGGACUUCCGUUGUGGGGCCUGUGCCAAGCACUUCCACACCAUGGCUGCCAUGAAAAACCAUUUGCGACGCCACAUUCGGCGGCGGGGAAGGAGGCAUCGGAGGCGGGCAGGAAGUGCUGGUGGUGGGGGCGGAACUAAACUGUCAGAGGGGCACUGGGCCCAGGAGUUGGUGGAAGACAACAAGGGCCCGGGCUUUUCUCAAGACCCUUCAGGGAAAAGACCCAGUGAGGCCGAAGGCACCCUGGGAAGCAGUGGGGACUGUUUGCAGUCUGAAUUGGAGGGGGACAAAUGUGGGCUUAAGGCAGAUGAAGCCUGUUUUCAGGGUGAUAAAGAGAGCAGAGGCAAUGAGGAAGGGCUGGAAAGAAAGGCCUGUUUCCUUGACAACUUGGAUGUCCCAGGGGAUGAGGGAGGCAGUGGAGCCAGCUUCUGCCACAGCCUCGAUGGGGUAGAUGAAGACCAGAAACCAGCCACUGGCCAGCCCACGUCCUCUUCUCACUCUGCUGAAGCUGUCAGUGGCUGGCAGGCCGAGGCCUCCCACACAUGUUCUGACUGUGGGCAUUCUUUCCCCCAUGCCACUGGCCUGCUGAGCCACAGGCCCUGCCACCCCCCAGGCAUCUAUCAGUGCUCCCUCUGCCCAAAAGAGUUUGAUUCUCUGCCCGCUCUGCGCAGCCACUUCCAGAACCAUGGGCCCGGGGAGGCGGCCUCAGCACAGCCUUUCCUCUGUUGCCUCUGUGGCAUGAUCUUCCCUGGCCGGGCUGGCUACAGGCUUCAUCAGCGCCAGGCUCACAGCUCCUCUGGUGCAACUGAGGGCUCAGAAGAGGAGGCAGAAGAGGAAGGAGCAGCAGAGACAGCCUCUCCCCAUAGCCCUCCGCUGCAGCUCUCAGAAGCAGAACUGCUGAAUCAGCUGCAGCGGGAGGUGGAGGCACUGGAUGGAGCAGGCUACGGGCACAUCUGUGGCUGUUGCGGUCAGACCUACGAUGACCUGGGGAGCCUGGAGCGUCACCACCAAAGUCUGGACAGUGGUUCUGGGAGCACCAUAGACAAGGCACCCAGUCGCUUAGGAGAGUCAGGUGAUGCCACAGAGAUGGGUGCACACGAUGUCUAUGAGGACACGUUGGCCUCUGUCUCUGAGGAGGGUGCAGACACAAAGACUGGAGAGGGAGUAAGUGCCACCGUUGCAGGUGGCCUUUGCAUGCAGGGUAGUGAAAGUUCCUUGGAGACCCAGCCCCGCCCCUUCCGCUGCAACCAGUGUGGUAAGACCUAUCGCCACGGUGGCAGUCUGGUGAACCACCGCAAGAUCCACCAGACUGGAGACUUUGUUUGCCCUGUCUGCUCCCGCUGCUACCCCAACCUGGCUGCGUACCGUAAUCAUCUGCGAAACCACCCUCGCUGCAAAGGCUCUGAGCCCCAAGUAGGGCUCAUCCCAGAUGCCGGAGGCAGCAGUGAGCCCCAGAAUGUGACAGAGGAAGGGCUGGGGGAGGCAGAAGUAGAGAAGCUCCAGGAAGAGCUUAAGGUGGAGCCCCUGGAGGAAGUGGCGAGGGUGAAAGAAGAGGCAUGGGAGGAGACAACUGUGAAGGGGGAGGAGACAGAGCCAAGGUUGGAGACAGCAGAAAAGGGCUGCCAGACCGAGGCCAGCUCUGAGCGGCCCUUCAGCUGUGAGGUGUGUGGCCGCUCCUACAAGCAUGCAGGCAGCCUCAUCAAUCACCAGCAGAGCCACCAGACUGGCCACUUUGGCUGCCAGGCCUGCUCCAAGGGCUUCUCAAACCUCAUGUCCCUCAAGAACCACCGGCGCAUCCAUGCAGAUCCCCGACGUUUCCGCUGCGGCGAGUGUGGAAAGGCCUUCCGCUUGCGGAAACAGCUGGCCAGCCACCAGCGGGUUCAUGUGGAGUGGCGUGGGGGUGGGGGUACUCGAAAGCCGACUCGAGACGAUCGGCCUUUCCGUUGCGGGCAGUGCGGGCGCACCUACCGCCAUGCCGGGAGCCUCCUGAACCAUCGACGCAGCCAUGAGACAGGUCAAUAUAGCUGCCCCGCCUGCCCCAAGACCUACUCGAACUGCAUGGCACUAAGGGACCACCAGAGGCUGCACUCAGAGACUCGCCGCCGGCGGGCAGGGCGGUCCCGGCGGGCAGCUGUGCGCUGCGCCCUCUGUGGCCAGGGCUUCCCUGGCCGGGGAUCUCUAGAGCGGCACCUGCGGGAACAUGAGAAGGAAGCCAAACAGGAGCUGGCUGGUGGCCAGAGAGGCCCACCUGGCACAGAGGGCAGUGAGGGGAACCUGACCGAUGCCCAGGCACUAGGAGGCAGUGAGUCGGAACCCUUGCUGGAGGAUGGAGCCACAGAGGUAGGGGAGUGUAGUCAGAGUCCUCUCAGGGCAGCAGGUUCAGAAGCCACAGGGCCCCUGACCUGGGAUGAGGGGAAGGCCCAUGGGUGGCAGGUAGACAGGGGACCCGUGAGUCACGAUGGAGGUUGGGCUCCUCGGGGAGUGGUCCUAACCAAGACAGAGGAGGAACCAGGGGACAGCGUUCCCAAGAGUCUUUGCCAUCUUGCCGACAGCCAGUGUGGUCCACCUAUUCUGAGUCAGGUGGAUUGCUGGGACAAUGGAGACAGCAGCUCUCAGCUACAACCAGAGAGCUGCCCCUUUUCCGGCAGCCAAGAUGGCGAGACCUGCCAAUCAGGCAGCCUCUUGAACCACCACAACACCCACAAAACAGAUUGCCACCACUGUCCACUCUGCUCCAAGGAGUUCUUGAACCCUGUGGCCACCAGGAGCCACAGCUGCAACCACACUGCUGCUCAGACCUCUGCCAGCUCUGACUGUGGCAAGGCCUUGCAGUUCCACCCUGAAGUGGCCAGCCACCUGUGGACUCAUGCCAGGGGCCUCAGUCAGGCACCACCCCAGACUCAGGAGUCCAGGGGUCCCAGAGCUGGGACUCUGGAAGAUGUAGUGGGUCUUCCUGGUCAAGGGAUAGCCCAGGUGGCCCCAUCAGAACCUCCAGGUUCCCCCAGAGAGGAUGCUGGGAGAGCUGGUGGAGAACAAGGGGUGAAGCCCUUAACAGCUGAAGACAAGGAGCGCCCUUUCCGCUGUGCCCAGUGUGGGCGCUCCUACCGCCAUGCCGGGAGCUUGCUGAACCACCAGAAGGCCCACACUACUGGACUCUAUCCCUGCUCCCUCUGCCCUAAACUUCUCCCCAACCUGCUGUCCCUCAAGAACCACGGCAGGACCCACACGGACCCCAAGCGCCACCGAUGUGGCAUCUGUGGCAAGGCCUUCCGGACAGCUGCCCGUCUGGAGGGCCACGGACGGGUCCAUGCACCCCGGGAGGGGCCCUUCUCCUGCCCGCGUUGUCCCCGCCACUUUCGCCGCCGAGUCAGCUUCCUGCAGCACCAGCAGCAGCACCAGGAGGAAUGGACUAUGGCCAGCUCCGGAGCCCCAGCGGCACCAGCAGCAGGCAGUGGGGACUUGUCAUCACCCCCUGCACCCAUCCCCACAACCCCACUCCUGGACCCUUCACCCCAGUGGCCUGCAGACCUCAGCUUCUCCCUCUGAACUCCAAGUCUCCAAAGAUCAGACCAUUGGCGGGGUGGGGGUUGAUCUCCAUGAUUCACUCAGGAGUAGUUUGGGUGUCCCCAUCUCUUCUCUCCCCUCUCCCUGCCAAGAGGACCCAGGUCUGGCUGCCUUCCCCAGGCGCGAGGAGAGGAGGGUGUUUGUCGUGUCCCUGUCCUUGGAGAACCUCCCUCCCCCAGCCUUUGUCUCCAUGCUCUGCCCUGUGACCGGGCCCUGCUGAGAUCCUGGGCCGGGCCCACCAGCCAGAUUCCAACACCAGGGAGAGGCCAAGUCAGCAGCAGCGGGAAUGUUGCCUGUGGAAGAAGGGGAGCCUUUUGCUACAAUUUGUAACUUAUUUUCUAAAGUCUAUUUUGUAACAAUUUAUUUAAGUUUUAAAAGGAAAUUUGCUCCCCCCAAAAAAGGAAAUUUUUGAAA